CGCAUGGCGCCAAGCGAGCUACUUAUUGCGAUGCAAAUUUUCUUGCCAUUUGUUAAGCACCCAACCGAACCCCGGAUGUUAUAAGUGCAUCGCCCAAACUACAAUUCACAUAUACCACUGCAAAAGUUCAGAGAUUAGUCUAUUCAGGUUCUUUCCUAGAGGCCACCAUGGAUUCGCUCACGUACUACCUGUGCCUCUUCUUGGCGGCUCUCCUCCCUCUCUUGCUCCUCAAGCUCAAGAACCGUGACAACAAUAGCCUCAGGCUGCCGCCGGGCCCAUGGCGGCUGCCGGUCAUCGGCAGCCUCCACCACCUGCUCGGCAGCCCGUUCCCCCACCAUGCCAUGGCUGACAUCGCGCGCCGGCUCGAGGCGCCCCUCAUCUACCUCAAGCUCGGUGAGGUUCCUGUCGUCGUUGCGUCGUCGCAGGACGCCGCUAGCGAGAUCAUGAAGACGCACGACGUCAACUUCGCCACGCGCCCGUUGAGCCCGACGAUAAAGGUCUUCAUGGCAGAUGGGGUAGGCCUGGUGUUCGCGCCCUACGGCGCUCUGUGGCGGCAGCUCCGCAAGAUCAGCAUCCUGGAACUGCUCAGCGCCCGCCGCGUGCAGUCGUUCCGCGGCGUCCGGGAGGAGGAGGUCGGCCGCCUCGUGGCUGCCAUCGCGGCGGCGUCGCUGACGGGCGAGGCCGUGAACGUCAGCCAGAGGAUCGCCGAGCUCACGAAUGACACGGCCGUGCGCUCCAUGAUCGGCGACCGGUUCGAGAGGCGGCAGGAAUUCCUGGAUAAUAUGGCGGAGGGAGUAAAGAUCACCACCGGGUUCAGCCUCGGCGAUCUGUUCCCGUCGUCGAGGCUGGCGAGCGUCAUCGGUGGCAUGGCUCGUCGGGCGGCGGUAAACCACCGUAAGAUGUUCGAGCUGAUGGACUACGCCAUCAAAAAGCACGAGGAGCAGAGGGCAGCCAUGGCCAAAUCUGCAGAGGGAGAGGGCAUCGUGAAGGAGGAUCUGGUGGACGUGCUUCUGAGGAUACAGAAGGAAGGUGGCCUGGAGGUGCCACUCACCAUGGGAAUGAUCAAGGCCAUCAUCCUGGACCUUUUUGGUGCGGGGAGUGAGACCUCUGCAAGUACACUUCAAUGGGCUAUGUCAGAGCUUGUACGCAACCCAAAACUGAUGGAAAGGGCACAAGUCGAGGUACGCGAGAAGCUUCAGGGGAAGCCAACGGUGACUGAAGAUGACUUGGUUGAGUUGAGGUACAUAAAGCUCAUCAUCAAAGAGACCCUAAGGAUGCAUCCGGUGGUGCCAUUGCUUCUCCCAAGGGAGUGUAGAGAGUCAUGCAAGGUCAUGGGGUAUGAUGUACCCAAGGGAACUACUGUGUUUGUGAAUGUUUGGGCGAUCAGCAGGGAUCCCAAAUAUUGGGAAGAUGCUGCGACAUUCAAACCGGAACGAUUUGAGGCUGGUACAAUUGAUUUCAAGGGCACAGACUUUGAAUACACUCCCUUUGGGGCAGGUCGGAGGAUGUGCCCGGGCUUAGCAUUUGCGCAGGCAAGCAUGGAGAUCGUGCUCGCAGCACUCCUAUACCAUUUUGACUGGAAGCUGCCUGAUGGGAUGCUGCCAAGUGAAUUGGACAUGACGGAGGAGAUGAGCAUCACCGCCCGAAGGAAACACGAUCUUUACCUGCAGCCAGUUGUCAGUGUGCCACCACAUGUAUGAUCUUAGCUAUUGUACUUGCUAUUUUACCCUAGAUAUAUGCUUUACACAUCUAGUUGCAAGUGUGCCGUUGUCUGAAUUUAAAAAUAAGUACAUGAAACACAUUGUUUUUCUUUGAUGAAAUGUUGAAGUUCUCUAUGUAAAGAUGCAUAUGAAUGGUUUAGAACCUCACAGUACAAUGAUAUGUUGAAAUCCAUAUGCUUCAAGCUUCGUCAGUUCAUAGCAAA